AUGAGGAUUGAUUUUAGCUUUAAUACACUGGCGGUUACAAUAACAUGCACGGCUAUAUUGCUGUUGGUGAGUUUUUCUAUGGUUCUGAUGCCACCGUCUGUGGAUAGCAUGGUCAGAGGUCCUGUGAGAGUGCCUUCAGACGAGAUUACUUGGCAGAACUACAGAGACUAUGUGGUAGAUGUCGACUUUGUUAAUAGCACGCACAUCUUCAAUUCCAUUUACGCUGUGCUAAGACAAGGUCCAGCAGAUAUACAUCCUCUAGGUGUUUCGUAUUUUCCUGCUGUGAUCCCAAAGGGCACAUUGUUGUACAGAGCAGGGAAGAAAGAGGUCCCUGGGUCAUUCGAGUGGCUUGCAAUGGAUCAUGAGUUUUCUUAUAGUUUUGGUUCUAGAUACUCGUCGUAUGGUAGGAAAUCCCUGAAAAUUAGAUCCAGAAAACCUUCAUCAAAGACAGGAGCAGGAGCAGGGCUAGGAGCCGGUAACUCGCCAACUGGGGGGCCUUCUCCGAAUGGCCCUUCAGCUUUGAAGGCGGCAACGCAUAUGAUGACAUUUAGAGCGACAAGAGAUAUGAAUAAAUUUAUCUAUUUGGAUGGUGCCUCGGCUGCUAAAAGCACCACUGGCGAGAUGGAUACCCAAGAACUUCUAUAUAAUGUGUUGAGGAAGAAGUUCGAAGAAGCUAAUCCAGGACAGAAUAAGAUGCCUGAAAGGGAUUUUGCAGAGUACAUAUGUAAAUGGGGUAAACCUUUAGGUUUAGAUGGGUUGAUUAGGGUAGAAAUUGGGUUUGAGAUUGUUCUUUGCGAUUUCCAAAAGGAUAACAUUGAACUAGUUUCUAAUAUUCCUUUGAGAAACCCUGCCACAGAACUUGGUUUACCAAGCCCAUCUGUUAUAUCUGUUGAGAAUGGCUGGCCCGUAGAGAAUAACCAGCUGCUUGAAGAUAAAUUAACUGAUGAGCAAAAGAAAAUCUUAGAAAAAGAGUAUUACUGGCAAUCGAUAUUAGACAACUACUCUCUGGCACGUCAAUACAAUUGGUUGCAAGCAGGAAAUGCCCACGAUCAAGGUGAUAAGAGAAUAAAAAUUGAUUACAGACACUUUGUCACCGGUAUCAAUAGAAUACCAAUGGAUGUGAACCCAAUGAAAAGAAGAUUAUUGAAUGAGCAUAUGACUUUUGAAUUACAAAGCGAUAUUGUCAAUGACUUAGAAGAAAUAUUGAAGAACGACUUUGAUUAUACUAAAAGUAACGACUGGCAAGAAAUCUUCGAUGAGUUUAUUACUAAAUUUUCCCCAAUGCUAAAGACCAUUCAGAAAAUACUACACAGUGACGAGAGAACUCCCGAACAAAUUGCUGUUGAUGUAACUAAAUACACAUUGAAUUUUGUCCUUAGGUUCACUCCAUCUGAUAAAAAUUUAGCUGAGCUAGGUUACGAUCGUGACUUUGCCACUUAUCAAUACGCAAGACCCCCAACUGACUUAGUUACUGAAAGUGAUUUCUUGAUUUGGUCUGCAUAUGUCAACAUCGUCGAUUAUGUUAUCGAAAAGAUUUAUGAUGUCAACAAUAAGUUGAUGCCAAUCGUCAAGGCCGCCGCCCAAGAUGACAAUAGUAUCAAUGGCCAGGAGACUUCUAUAAUCAGUUCCUGUCGUGAAGCCAUUGAUGAAUUAAUCGGAAACUUGAACUGGAUUUCCUUGCACUAUAAAUGUGAGGAGUCUUGCGAUUGGGAUGAAAUUUGUUUCACACCAUCAUGGGGGCCAGGCCCCUUGGCCGGCGGGUUCAAAGGACACCAAGACACAACUACAGUUGGUUUUGGAAAACACUUUGACGAUGCUAGUGGCAGACAAGUGAUUAACUACAACCUGCAAUGCAUCAAUAUUGACACAUUAUUACAACAACCUCAUUAA